CGACGAAUGACUGUUGUCGAGUCUGGCUUUCACCGGUUGUCACGUCGUCUGCAGUAGCGAAAGCGGUGGUGUCAGCUGCUGCAGCUGCCGUGCCACGCACGUCAAGAGGACCACAUUCCGAAGUCGUUUCCUGACGUAGCCAACGUAGCCCUUGGCGAGGCAACGCACAACAACUACGACCGCACCAGCUCGCAACGGCCUCAUCAUGCGCGUAACGAAUGGAGGUGAACCCGAGGACAGCCUGCUGUUUGACCCAAAGCUCCUGGAAAGCCUGGACACUGUUGAAGGCGUCAAUGUGGAGCUGCCCGCAACAGAGCCUCCACUUAGGGUCCGACCUCUGAGCUCUGGAGACUACGAUCGUGGUUUCUUGGAGCUGCUCACCCAGUUGACAGUGGGUGGGGAUGUGUCCAGAGAACAGUUUCUCGAUAGGUUCCGGGCGAUGAAAGCAGCACCCGGCACCUACUACAUCACAGUCAUCGAGGAUGCUGACCGAGGAACGGUAGUUGCCUCGGCUACCCUCUUCGCAGAGCUCAAGUUCAUCCGUGGACUGGCCACAAGAGGUCACAUAGAAGAUGUGGUUGUCUCAAGCGAGUACCGUGGCCGCAACCUAGGCAAGCUCCUGAUACAAACGCUUGUACGACUUGGUAAGCGACUUGACUGUUACCGGCUCACACUCGACUGCAAGGACACUGUCAUCAAAUUCUACGCCAACAAUGGAUUCGCCCUCGAGGCUGGAAGUUCCAACAGUAUGAGCCUGCGUUUUGCUGCAGCGCAGUCUCAAUAGCCCAGUGACAUUACCUCCCAGUGAUUGCAGACUUAUUCUCAGUUGGAUAUCAAUGAGAGAUGAAAAAAAGAAGAUAAGCAAUGAAAAUAUUGUCCUGCUGUUAAGCGCACAAAUGGCCCAACUAUUACACUUUUCAUCGCUUGAAUGCCGGAUGCACAAAUGUAGUUUUAACGCAUUCCUUUGUCAAGCUUGUGAUUUGUGCUCGUUUUUCUGCUGUACACUUUACGACGCAGAGUUGAGAGAUGGCACUCACUGAAGACACUGCGUGCUUGUUCUGAUACUGUUUUCUUUGUUCCUGAUUAAGAUAAUUUAUAUACCGUAUUUGAUAUUACAUUUAGUGCAGUCAAUAAAUGAUGAGAAGUAUUCUUUGCGAAUGAC